UAAACAUGGCGGACUGCGGCAGAAUUUCCGCUGUGAUAUCUUUGACGUUGAUGUGCGCUUGGGGUGUUCGUUCUACUGCAAAAUCUUCUUUUCAAGACAUUCCGUCCGAAGCUUGGAAUUACGUGGAAGUACGAGAAAAUGCGCACAUGUUUUGGUGGCUCUACGGAGCACAGACUAGCAAUCCUUCUGAACGGGCAAACAAGCCACUCAUCAUGUGGCUUCAAGGAGGACCUGGCGGUUCCUCGACAGGGUUUGGAAAUUUCGCGGAGCUAGGUCCUCUCACGGUGGAGCUUAAACCUCGCAACACCACCUGGAUUCAGGUAGCAAAUGUUUUAUUCGUUGAUAAUCCUGUUGGCUCAGGGUAUAGUUAUGUCACCGACCCAAGUGCUUACACUACGAAUGUGACCGGUAUUGCAAAUGACCUUGUCACUCUUUUUAAAGCCUUCCUGGAAAAACAACCUGUUUUCCAGCAAAUACCAGUUUACAUCUUCUGUGAAUCCUAUGGAGGAAAGAUGACCUCUGCAUUUGGUGUGGCGCUGUACCAAGCUAUUCAAAGUGGAAGCGUUAAAUGUGACUUUAGAGGGGUUGCUCUGGGUGAUUCUUGGAUUUCACCUGUGGAUUCUGUGUUGACCUGGGGGCCUUACCUGUAUGCUGUGAACCUACUUGAUGGAAAAGAUCUGGCAUCUGUUGAUCAAGCUGCUCAGGCUACUGCUAAAGCUGUUGCUGAUGGUAAAUACUCAAAGGCCACUGAACUCUGGGACCAGACGGAACAAAUCAUUUCAGCAACAACAGAUGAUGUUGAUGUUUACAAUAUCCUGAUACACCAUGCCCCACCUCCUUCAAAGUUUCAAUCUCUCGGAAAUGAUUUCCUUGAUCGCUUGUAUGCUCAGCACGUGGGUCGUCUCUACACUGACCCUCUGACGGAGCUCAUGAAUGGCCCCAUCAGGAAGAAGCUGGGUAUAAUACCAUCCAACGUCACCUGGGGUGGACAGUCUGGUGAAGUCUUUGUGUACCAAACUGAAGAUUUCAUGAAACCAGUCAUAGAUGAUGUUAGCAAACUUUUGAAUUAUGGCAUAAAGGUUGUUGUUUAUCAAGGCCAGUUAGACAUGAUCUGCGACACGCUUGGAGCAGAAUUGUGGAUUCAGAAGCUUGACUGGGAUGAUUUACAAGAGUUUCUGAACACCAAUCGAGUACCACUUUAUACACCCUCAGGUAAGGUGGACAGAGAUACAGCAGCAUUUUACAAAGCUUACAAGAACUUAGAGCUUUACUACAUCAUGAAAGCUGGUCACAUGGUGCCAUCAGAUAGUGGAGAGAUGGCUUUGGAAAUGGUGAAGAGAGUCAUUGAUGAAGAACACUAAUCAAUUAAAAUGCAUUUGUUUAGUCGGGUUAAAAACAUCACCUUAACUAUCAAUUUUAAGUCCAGCAUUUUCAGCUAAUUAUAAAUUAAAGUAAUAGGUUUUUGCAAAAUUGGGUAACAAAUAAAAGAGACUUUAAUAAGAAUUGUAAUCUAACUUUGAAUCAGGGAGAAACUAGCGGAAAUCAAUACAGUAGAUAUUUCUUAAGCUUAGGGCUCCAAGCUCAACUUCUUUCAAAGUCUCCACUUGGUGACUUCAAAUUAUAGGUAGACACUCAUGGCAAUAAUCAUUAAAUUUGUACUUAACUGUUGACCACACCACUUAGAAUUGGCAGAAUGGUUUAUAGAAGAAAACAUUGAAACAUGAGGUUAAUAAUUCAUUCAUUAAAAAUGAUUAUCUCAUAACAAAGUUGUAAAAAUGUACAACUUGCUACAUCACUGCCAAUCAGAGCUUGCAAAAUUGGUACCUUACACUGCCCAAAAUUUAUUUGUAGUUGCCGUGGCUGCUAAUAUGGCUGCAGCCUAGAGCACUAUGAUCUAUGAGCAGGGGUAGAUUACAUGAGGAAGAUUCAGGUGGGAAAAACAGGUUAUUGUUGUUCAUGACUGGAUAACAAUCAUUUGGAUUAAGGUGUCGAAAUUGAGACCAUCUUGCAAUUCUUCACAGUAAUAAGGGAAUUCCCCAAUUUCUUUACAAGAUCCUGGCAAUAUCUCGUUCAAUAACAAACUGGUAAUUAUAAAAUAAUUUGGAUAUACAUAUCAUCAAAGUUGAAAUGGUAAAUUGGCCAC